AUGCUAGCACUGCGAUAUUAUUCCUCAAAAGCAGCCAGUGAAGCCUCCGGGGUAUCCAGAAAACUUUUUGGUAGGCCCGGAAAUAAUCUUACAAGCGGAAUUGUGGGCCUUGCAAAUGUUGGCAAAUCGACUUUCUUUCAGGCGAUAACAAGGAGCAAGCUCGGGAAUCCGGCAAACUAUCCUUUUGCCACAAUACAGCCCGAGGAAGCCCGGGUUCUGGUGCCCAAUGAGCGGCUAGAUCACCUCCAGAAGUUGUACCAGUCAAAGCGCAAAAUUCCGUCAAUUUUGAAAAUAUUCGACAUUGCAGGACUUGUGAGGGGCGCAUCGGACAACAAAGGUCUUGGAAACGCAUUCUUGGCGGACAUCCGUGCCGUGGACGGUAUUUUCGAGGUUGUCAGGACGUUUAAGGACCCGGAAGUGACGCAUAUAGAAGGAAACGUGGAUCCUGUGCGAGAUCUUACAAUUGUCCAGGAUGAGCUUCUGUUGAAAGACAUGGAGUUCAUUGAAAACAUCCAAGAGAAGCUCACCAAGCAGAUGAAGAGCCGGAGCCGCAAAAACGGCCAGGAAUACGUUGAUAUGGAGAACGAAAAGGAGACUUUAGAUAAGGCAUACGAUAUUUUGAUAGGCGGACAGAGAAUCAUCAACAAAACCGACUGGACCGAUAGUGAGAUCGAUAUACUUAACCACCACCACUUCUUGAGCACAAAGCCGUCCGUUUUCCUUGCCAAUAUGAGCAAGGACGAGUACUUGAACGGCGAAAAAUCUUCCGUUGAGGGAAUUCAGGACUGGGUUGACGAGUUUGCACCUGGAUCUCCAAUCAUUCCAUUUUCGGCACAGUACGAGUGGGAACUUGCGGAUCGGGAGGCCGCCGUCAGCGCACAGAAGUCGGCGCUACCGCGCAUCAUUCGGCAGAUGCGCCAGGCGCUCCAUUUGAUCAGCUACUUCACCUGCGGACCAAUAGAAUGCAGGCAGUGGACCGUGCGCCAGGGCACAAUGUGCCCGCAGGCCGCCGGAGUCAUACACACCGAUUUUGAAAAUACAUUCAUCAAUGCUGAGCUGAUCAAAUACAAGGAUGUGGCUGAGCUUCAGCCACCUUUCGAGGAGAAAAUGCUCCGGGCAAAGGGAAAAAUACACCGUGUGGGUAAAAACUACGUGGUCGAGGACAGUGACAUCCUUACAUUCCAUUCGGCGGCCCAGAAGAAGAAAUAG